UCGUCUAGGUGUAGUUGGAUAAUAAAAUAUAAGACUUUGUAAUCACAUGAUGUGAACUGCGCGACCAGUUUACGUUAACAUGAAGAAGUAAUUAUUUUGGGCCGGUCUGCCUCGCAAUCGAACCAGAAUUUGUUACUGCAAGUUCCGAAGCGGCUAUCUGCGUGCUAAGGAAAUUGCUGACGCUUUUGUAUCCUGAGAUAUACUUGUUUGACUGGCCAGUCAAAGCUGCAAGCUGACACUUAGAAACUACAUGAGGUUGUCUCUGUCUCUUAAAUCGCAAGUUUUUAAUGAUCAAGAAGCUACGAUGGAAACCUAAAUCGUCGCGUACAGCUUAAAACUAACCCAGAGACUGGAAGAUGACUGCAUCCAUCGAAGCAAUAACAUACCCAGCGGUGGACAAUGAGCUUGGCAAAACAAGCCUCACAGAUAACAUUGUCAGCGAGCUAAGACGUCUCCGAAGUCAAGUUGGAGGACUCGUCUCAUCGUUAACAAAAGCAAAUAACAGUCAAAGUAAGUGUAUCCAGAAGACUAAGGAAACCUCCCAACACGUUAAGGCACAAAGAAGCACCAAAGCUAUCCGGAAGAAUGAGAAAAGCCAACCACAUUUGGCCUGCUCUGCAUUAGCUACAGUCGACCGAUUAACCCCUGAAAAGAUGAUUCCUUCACAAGUCUUGGACCAUGUUGCUCGAAUACUCGACGAAGCCAUUAUUUGCCAUCAGGGUGACGAUAUCGUUGGUGCCAGAAAAAGUAUAACAAAUCUUUUUACAAUGAUGGUGAUGAAUCAGGCGCAAUGCUUUGAAUUUCCCUCUAAGUAUGGCUUGAACGUUCUAGAUCGUGGAAGAAAACUUUUUCUGGAGGAGGGUGUGAGUUGUUCGAUAAAACACGGAACUUUACUUUUAGAUUCAAGUUUGAAUGGAGCGCAGUUUUACUCUGGGUUACUAAACGUCAUGGGGGCAUUUGCCUUGCUGAUUUCUGAAUUUAAAAUUGCGAAAGGAACUUUUGACCGGCUUAUCGAUCUGCAUCACCAAUCAAAUAUUACUAGUCGUUUACGUGACCUUGCUGCUGCCUACAACAAUAAGGGGUGUAUACACCUGAUCGUUGGCGAUUUGCGAGAGGCAGAAGAAGCGUUCGAAACUUCUCUUAAGUACCUUGGCAAUUCGAACGGGCCGUCAAAUGUUACAAAAGUUUUUGCUGUAAAGAGCAACAUGAGCCGGCUAAAUCUGGUUUUUAGAAAGUAUCGUCAAGCCCUCGAACAACAAGAAAAAUUAGCAGAGAGUUGCAAAGCUACAGAAAUGAAGGAAAUACCACAUCCAUUCGAAGCAGUAUUCACGGUGAUGAAUAAUCAAGCGGUAUUGCAUACUACUCUCGGCAAUUUUGACCGGGCGGAACAAGCGUUGUGGUGGCUGAUAUCUUAUUGCAAAGAAAUAAAUAGAAAAGACUCUGAAUAUCUUGUAACUUUCCUUCGUUUGCAUCUUUCUGAAGUUCUGAUCCUUCACGGAAAAUCAAAAGUGGCUGAUGAAAUGUUCAGUAUUGAGAACUUGAAUUCACUGGAGGACAUUGUGAAGAGGUUUGGAAACCUUUACAUGAAUGUAAGAAUCGAGGCACUUGAGAAGUUAUUAGAGCUCUACAUCCGUAGAGGAAAAAUCCGAGCUGCCCUUCAGCUUUUGCAAAUAACUGUAAAGAUCCUAAAAACUGUGUUCGGACCUGACCAUUAUAAUAUUGCUUCCCUGUUGUACAAACAAGGUACAAUUUUGAGCUUCACAGGAGAAGUUUCUCAAGCCGCGGAAAAAUUCAAAAUUUCGAUCGAAAUCCUGCGGAAAAUAUUUGGUGUUAAGAAUUUUCUUCUUCUCAAGUGCUACAUGUCUCUUGGUGAUGUGACAUCGAGAAUCAAUCAAGAAGGAGAGUCUUACCUUUACUUUCAAAGAGCCACUGAGAACAUAGAAGCCAUCUACCAAGUGUCAUUUGUGGAUGAGUUGAGAAUAAAGUACCUGGAAAUCACAGGAAGUUUCAAAACCUUGCAAAACCGGAAAGCGUCUGAUGAUAGAAUUGAAGGUCUUGUUGCAGAGUAUGGGCAAGGAAUAGCCUUCUGGUUAAACCACCACAGCAACUGUCAAUUAAGAAAGUGCAGAGCCAAUAGGAAACGUUUCCCUGUGAAGAACACGGAAGGUCCCCCUUCUGAGUCGACGUCGAUAGCCUUUUUCAAAUAUUCAUCCGAUUUCAUCAAGAGUGGACAAAAGCUCCUCCGUCUUGGAAUGAUUGAUGAAGCUUCCGUCUUUUUUCAAUGCGCAGAGUUGCAUUCCAGAGUACAUGCAAUCCAAGGUUAUCCAGACUUGAGUGUCGCCUACCUAAACAGCGUAUUCCUGAUGAAAAAGUUUAGAAGUCACCGAACACUGCAGCAUGGCCAUCGUUUGAGGAAGCUUUUGGGAGACCUACGCAGCGUCAUAGAAGAAAGUGGUGCUCAAAGUCCUGUCCAAAGGACCAAUGGGGUUGCGACAACGAAGGAGUCUGACUAUCAGCGAAACUUGAGGCCUGUGUUAAUUUUACUUCUUUUGUUCUCAAUAGAGCUGAAAAUGACUGAAACCACCUUUGUAGCGUACGACUUAUACUCUAAACUUUUUCAACACAAGAUCGAUUUUCCAUUUUUGCUCCUCGAUGGAAUUCAAGUUUAUGCCUCAAGAGCGACGAUCACCUGCAAUGGACAGACUGCUGUUCAAGACAUCUUGAUUUCCUCUGAAGUUGGUCUGAAUGAAAGUGACACCGACAGAGCGUCUACUGACACGAAGUUAUACCGCAGCUUGGCUUACCAGGAGAAUGCAACUGGAAAUGCUUUCUUAGUGACUGGCAGAUUACCGGUCCUUCUAGACAUCGAGGACCUUAAUACCGUGAAGGACAAAAUCUCAUUGGCAGUUCAAGAGUGUUUUCAAACGAAGUGCAUGGCAGCUGAAGCUAAAGGCGGCGCGAUGACGGUUGUCGUGGAUUUGACUCCAACGGAAAAAUGUGACCUGCAAGACAUCUUUUCUAUGGGAAGUAGAAUCGAUCUCUUACCUCUUUGUCUAUCAGAACAUCCAAGUGAUGGCAUACGGAAUAAAGAGACGUCGACUAUCUUUGAGAUGGACACAUCGAUGUAUCAGAGGAUUGUAGAGGUGACCUUUGAAGAUGAGCAAUCAAGCUCUUUCAUCUUCAAAAAUACUGCAUUGAGACUUCUUCAGCAGAAUGACGCAGGAGGUAUAUCAUCAUUGGCGCUAGCAAGUCACAGCCUUUCAAUAACGGUUCUCCAACCACGAAAAACACGGAUCAUUUUGUCACAAAGUGGAAGACAGGUCAUAGAAAAGACACAGUUCGUAUCGACAAGAAAAACAAUAAACGGAUUGGCAGCCUCGAAUGGUACGUUUGAGACUUCUGUUCUUGAUGUGCUCCCUUUGCCUGAAAUUCAUCAGGCAAUUGAAAAGUAUGGAGUGCCGUGUCUACAAAGAACUUUAUCGAAAAUUUAUUGGGAACAAUCAUCCACACCCUGUGAAACCAACAGCACCUCGAAUCACGGAAGGACAGGAGCUGAGAGGUCGUCUCGAAAAACUGGUGGCCCUUCUGAAUUCAAAGACAAGCAAAGACAAACAAGAGAGAGUGUUCUAGAGUGCCUUAGGACUGUCAGCCAGAUAUCACGACUGCUUUACAGCGUGGAAAGUCCCUUUACUCAUGUUGAAAUCUGUCUGGUGGAUACAAAUCAAUGUCAUAAUGCUCAUAAGAGUCUAGAAGAUCAGAAAUACAUUUCCAGGGAGGAAAAAGUAAGGUUGGUGGAUUUGAGUGACGAUGACACAGGACGUCUAGCUGCUUCAUUUCAAAAUCAGGAAGACCGUGAAAACACUUCCCGUACCCUUCAGUAUCUGACUGAGAGUUCAGAAGGAAAUGAAAAUAAUGAAUGUAUUACACAGAACGUUCCUGAUAUUACCACUGUUAAGGCAAGCACAACCAACCACGAGGAAGAAUCCAUUCUCAGAGAAGACGAGAUAUCAGAGGGGAAACGUCUAUUUGAAGACGAUAGAAAGUCAAGACUUUCUUCCAUAGCUGACCUGAAAGAAAUCCUGAGAAAAAAGCAACUGAAGCCUAAAAGAGGUGAUUCAAUUCACUCCAACAAGGCAGACGCAAAUGAUGUUGCAAAGUUGCAGUCAAACCAUAUGCAAAAUGGUAGCAACUGUGGUAAUAGAGAGGCUCUGUAUCAAAACCCAGAGGCCCAGGCACUAAGCCAAAAACGCACUUCUAGGAAUGUCAUUUCUCAUAAAAGUGGCCUCAGAACUAGUUCACUUGAAAGCAAGACAGCUAGGGAAGAAGACAAUCUCUUGAGAAUGCAUCUUUCACCCCAAUAUCCAGCCCCUAACAACGUAAGAGAGCGAAAUUAUUUAGAAACUCAACCUAAAUGUGAGCUUGCAGAGGACGAAAGCAGCCGCCUGCCUAAAAUAAUGCGGGAAAAAGAGGCCACUUUCGCAGCCUCCGAUAAAUGCGACGCCUCUGGCCUUUUGGAAAGAAAGGCGUACGCUAAAAACGUAGAGACAGGGGCAAAUGGUGAUCAUUGUAGUACAAAUAACGCCAUUAAAAUCAACAGGGAGACCCCCUUACAUAACCAAGACGUACAGGACACCAUAGGAGUUGAUCAAGAAGGGCAAAGGCAAACGAAGCCCGGCGUCGAUAAAUUUAAGAGUAGAAAACACCACAGUGUGGAAAGAAGUGAACGAAAUGACGUGGACGUUACGGGAAAUAGAACCAAUAUUCAGGAAAAGCAAGAAACUCCUUGUCCUGAUUAUGACGACAAGGCGACAUGGAAAACAUUUGGGUUACCUGCUGGAGAAGUUUUAGCAGAUGGAUCCAUGAACAUAGAUACCAGUAGAAGCCAAAAUAAUAUGGUGGAUCUUUUAAAAGAGACGCAUACUGGGGAUGGGACAAACCUAGAAGAGGAUAAUGGUAUGCACUCCAUGCAAAAAAGAGAACCAACCAAACACUCCAAGUCAAAAGCCACCAUCUCAAACUGCAAGGAAAUCACCACCACAUUCAUGUUUCAAGGGGGUGAUGUUGUUGCUGACGGCGAAGUCCACAAGAACCUUGGUGGUGAUGGAUCAGUACUCGCACAAAACUCUGACAAGGACAACCAUGUCUUUCUGUUUAUACCUAACCACGGGGAAGAAGAUGCUAUAGGAGUUGAUCGAGAGGGUCAAAGACAAACGAAGCUUAAUGUAAGUACAUUUAAAAUUAAAAAACGAGAACUUGAAGGUAGGGAACGAAGCGGGCUGGAAAUCAUAAGGAGUAAAACCAAUACAUCAGAAAGUCAAGGCACGUCUUGUUGCGAUCAUAACGAUAUGGCAACAGAGAGAACAUCUGGUCCACUAGGAGAAGAAGCUUUGUCGGAUGGAUCCAUGAACCGGGAAACCGCAAGAAGUCAAAAUGACGUGGUAGCUCUCCUAACAGAGACAGAUUUCGUGAACGGGCCCAAAUUAAAAGAGGAAAUUGGGACGCAAUCUUUGAACCAAGGCUCUAGAGCAUUAAAGCCAAUAAGUUCAUACGGUCAGAUAUAUUUUAAGUCACAAGCCACAACCUCAAACCGCCAUGAAACUAGUACUAGAUUAUUGUGUCAAGGGAGCGAUGUUGUUGCUGACGGCGAAAGCAAUGAAGAUGAUCUGAAUAACGUUGACAUUGCAGAUGGACCAGCACUCACACAAAAUCCGUACAAGGCAUUUAAUGCCGGCGAGAGGUUCACAGCCAACAUGAAGCACAAAAGUGUACCCUCAUGUAGCGAAAACGAGUCACAUACAGAUACAGAUGCGCUCUGCAAACACAGAUAUCCUCUUAAUAGCGAGACUGACCUCUUUCAAUCUCACUCGGGUGACGGAGGAGCAAGGCCCAAACAAAGAUCAACAGAUAACGCCAAAUGCCCCUUACCAUGGCCCGGCGGUACAAAUCCAAUUUCAGCUGACUGUGACUUCAAAAUAGAAAAUCGGGGCCUAGAUCCUGUUUUUAUGGCGCGCCACGUCAAAGAGAGUAGUCCAUUUCCUUCGUUUUAUAACGGGGGAAACUAUAAUCAUGCUUCAUUAGACGGUCCGUGGCAGGAAGAUUACGAACAGGAGUAUUCUUCAUCUAAUGCUCAUGACCAAGUCUUUAAAGGCAAAGGUCAGAUCUCACCCGAGAAGAAAAAGUUCAUUCCACACGAUAUAGUCCAUAAAUCAAAUAUGUGUGUUCCUGUAUAUAACGCAUCAGUAAACAAAAACUUUAGUUUUUAUCAUGUAACGCAACCAAACGGAAAUGAAAAAGAAAGCUGGCAUUUUCCAUCCUCAGAGUCGUGGGAAGACAGGGUGCUGCGAAGCCAAUGCUUUGCCGAGAGGACAAACAAGUCAAAUCGAACAUCGCUGCCAAAAUCUUUUGAUGCUGACCGUGAGAAACUCUUCAAUACGUGUGGAUCAGUAUGUGCUUACAACGACAUGGAUUCAAUGGCUAAUGAAUACUUCAGCAGUAUAGCUAAGGAUGAAUGUGCACAGUCACUACCAUUGAGUGAGAACGAGCAUUCAUCGACAGAACAUUCGCUGGCCUCUAGUUUUAGAUGUCUUCAAGAUAUAAUGGCCAAGACUAUUCGGCUUGUUGUCUCAAAUGCUACGGGCGCGGGGAAAACUCAACCCGCAAACCAGGCGGUCGAAAAGACAGGCGUACAGGAAGAAACGGGCGAUACGGGAGAAGGGGAACCAGCCUUAACACAACAAGUUAACGAGACGAACACUCAAGUAGAAUCUACCCCAUCAAAUAAAACGACAAUAGAAGCCAAGCGACAACCUGUCGCAACACCUGUACAAGAGAGUCCACGCCCUGUUUGCAGUCAUUAUCAACGCCGAUGCUUGGUUCGGUUUCCCUGCUGUGGAAAGUUCUUCCCAUGCCACCGCUGUCACAACGAGUCAGAUUGUAGUGAGGAUCAGGCGAGAGCAAUUAAUGCCACACACAUACGGUGCACUAUCUGCUAUCACGAGCAAGAGAUCGAUGAAAAUGGUCAGAGAUGUGGCGGCUGCAAUGCAAUCAUGUCUGAAUAUUUCUGCCCAACAUGUCGCCAUUAUACUUCCGUGGAUAAAAAUCCCUUCCACUGCGAAAAAUGCGGUAUCUGUAGAAUCCAUAGAGACAGAUCCUUCCACUGUAAUGUUUGUAAUGUAUGCCUGGACAAACGUCUUGAAGGAAAACAUAAAUGCAGACCUGAUUCUGGACACGAUGAAUGUUGUAUAUGUCUGGAGGACGCCUUCAGUGGUUGUCAAAUUCUCCCAUGCUCUCACAAGGUUCACAAAGAUUGUGCAAUUGCAAUGAUACAAAAUGGCGUCCGAAAGUGCCCAAUAUGCCGACAUCCCUUGUUCGGUCAACUUCAAACUAGUUCUCAAAAUUAACUCAAACAACUGCAAAAUUUCAAUAUGAUGCUAAUUUUACCUCUCACUUUUGCAGAAACAUUUUACUCUUAAUCAAUUUGUGACUGGCUUUUCUUACUAGCUCGUCCAAACCCAGAAAAUCCCACUGUAUUAGCUACGGGUGAAAUUCUGUUAUAACUACAGUCGCGACCAUUUUAACUCUCUGUUUUUCUUUUUUGUGUUUUGUUUUCAAAUUUAAUGGCUGUUAACAACUUCACCUGUCAGCACCGGAAAGACAUGAUUUUUUAACUUAGAAAUUAAGGUAUUUUAGGAUAUGAGAAAAACUGAGAAAAAUUGGAGUAGAAACCAACAAAAAACAUAGGCAAACUCAAAAGUGAAACUUAAUACGCGCACACAAAAAAAGAAAAAGAAAGGCAACCAGUCAAGCCACUAAACAAAUGAAAGUGACACAACAACAUCCCAAGAGAAAGACCGAGAAAACAGACAAACAAACAAUGUACAAACAAACAUAUUUACAAGAAAAGGAUACCAAAAACCAAGGCAGCAGAACAAACUCUUCACUUUGCAUAGGUUUUCCUUGUUAUAAUUAACUCAUGUAAUAAUAAAUGCUAUCGGUUUUGAGUAAACGAUCGGAUCAUCAAAACUAUGGAAUCUCCUACACUGAAUGCGAGAGAAGGCACCCGCCGAUACCCGUAAUGGAUGCAAUCACUCGUAAGUUCUUAUGCAUGUGCAUAAAAAUUUUUAACUGGCCAGCAUUUAUGUUUCAUUUUGAAUUCAAACCUCGGUUUGAUGAAAUAUUCCAUAUACUUCAGGAGCCAAACGAAACUCACACAGGAUUAAACCGAUUAGCCGGAAUCAUGAAUGAAAAGAGAUACAGUUUGCUAUGAUUCGCGGCUACAUACAAGCUAAUAGUACAUUGUAUACUAUACAUUGUAUAGUAUGUGUUGGAAAUCCACAGAUCGAGAACAAAUAAAACAUUCUGG